UGACCUCAUUCUACAACUCUGGUGACUGGUGAUACCAUUUAAUAAAACUUCUCGGCAAGCUUGUUUCCGUCAUGCUGUUAUCACUGUUAUUACUUAUUGGUACGCUUUAGUGCGUUACUACGUUAGUGAAAAUAUUAUUCAUUAGGUAUAUUUUGAUAAUUUUGUGUUUGACCAUUUGGAAUUUAUUAUUCGGGGUACUUUAAUUGUUAAAUUGUUUAUACGUCGGUUUUAUUACGUUACACCACGACGUGCCGCUCACUGCUCAGCCACUGCCGUUUAUUAUCGAUUGCGUUUUUCUAGUCUCCAUUACUUCUACGGUCUACGAUCGUUUCGAAAUCGACCCGACAGCUGCUGUAAGAACACUUCAAAUUAAUAUACGAAAUGCCAUUGACGAUAAUCUUCUGAAAGCACAUCCACACAACUGUCCGUUAUUACUUAUUAUUAAGCGACUGGGCACGGGUGAGUGAUACAUCAUGUCACUAUCAUGCUCAUCGUCUAGCGACAAGUGCGAGUUCUCUGAUUCGGAUUCCGAUCACAAGCAGCGUGGCAACAGAAGCCGUCCACGCCGUUUGCCGACCAGCAACAGUAAGAACGCUGUGGCCGCUCGCAUAAACCGCAUGAAACAGAAACAGUACGUCAAGAACCUGGAGAGAAAGAUGUUGCAACUCAAAACUGAUAUGAGGAACAUGAGACAUCAGUUGAAGGAAGGCGAGAGAAGAUGUGAGAGCAGCAGCCGACAGGUGGCCUAUUUGCGCAGCAUGAUAGCCAACAGCCAACAACUCGGCAAUGUGUUGCGCAGCAUACGCUGGGGGAGUAUCAUCCCACAAAGUAGUAAUAUCAACAAGACUUUAAAUGAGUUAAACUCUCGCCCAAGUACCGACCACUUUCCUAUUACCUCGAACUACAGUCUGUUUGAUGGUUAUUUUGAUUUCAUAGAAGAUAGUGAACUCGAACGCAUGGCGCAACCUUCAACUGCGUCUCGAGAAAAUAAUGGCUGGGCAUUCCACGAAAGUAUGGGCCGUGAUAGAGCUGAGCGAUUCCAAGAAACCGUCCCAUCUAAAUAUGUGUCAGUGUGCAUGUUGUUACCGUAGAAAGACGGUUGUGUGCCUGCAUAUCCGUGGUGUAAAUGAUCUUAUUAAUUAAAAGGUUGGUAUACAAAACAAAAAUUAUGAAUGCUUUUUAUUUAUUCUUAAUCUGCUCGAGAAAAACAAAAUCUAAGUUUGAUAAUGUUCAUUUAUGAUACUUUGUACAUAAAUCCUGUACAACUGCUAUUAAUCUAUGUUGAUUUUUUAGAAGCUGUGAUCUCGCAUGUACAAUUUUACAUGCAAACCUUCAAAUUAGGCAUAAGGUAAGAAGUGUUUUUGAUUUUGAUUAAUUAUCAACUUUAAUUGUCUAAAGCAUUAAGUGUGACCAAUUUUCUUAUUAAGGACAGUGGAAGGUUGGUUAGUUUCAAGUAUUAAAAACAAAUACAACAACACAUUUAACUAAACAUGAAAGAUAAUUGAUAAUAACUAAUAUUAUCAACUGAUAAAUAUUAAAUAAUAUAAUUCUAAUAUUUUUCCACCAUCCUUAAUAUUUAAUUAUUGUUGUAAUCAAUAUUAAGCUGUAUGUUUACGAAUAAAUAUCAAAUAUUUUGUAUUAAC